GCAGGCCCGUGUGCUGUAUCAAAGAGGGAAGGGUCGCUUUUCUGCUUAUAAUUUGAUCUGUUUUAUGAUGUCUGAUCGCUUUAGAUCGGUUUGAGGUUCAGUGUUACUACUUGUUAAAACGAGCUUGGCUCGUAUAAAUUAGGUGAAGAUGUCUGCGAGCGCGGUUUAUGUCUUGGAUCUAAAAGGAAAGGUGCUGGUGUGCCGAAACUACCGUGGCGAUGUGGACAUGUCUGAGAUUGAGCACUUCAUGACCCUCCUGAUGGACAAAGAGGAAGAGGGAACGCUUUCCCCGAUCCUCGCUCAUGGGGGAGUUCGCUUCAUGUGGAUCAAACACAACAACCUCUACUUGGUUGCAACCUCCAAAAAAAAUGCUAGUGUUUCAUUGGUGUUCUCAUUUUUGUACAAAAUUGUUCAAGUUUUCUCAGAGUAUUUCAAAGAACUGGAGGAGGAGAGCAUCCGAGAUAACUUCGUCAUCAUUUACGAGCUGAUGGAUGAGCUGAUGGACUUUGGUUACCCCCAAACCACUGAUAGCAAGAUUCUGCAAGAAUACAUAACGCAAGAGGGCCACAAGCUGGACACUGGCGCCCCCCGCCCCCCAGCAACAGUAACCAACGCUGUGUCCUGGAGGUCAGAGGGCAUCAAGUACAGGAAGAACGAGGUCUUCCUGGACGUCAUCGAGUCGGUCAACCUCCUGGUUAGUGCCAAUGGUAACGUCCUCCGCAGUGAGAUUGUGGGCUCCAUAAAGAUGCGUGUGUUCCUGUCUGGAAUGCCUGAGCUACGACUGGGCCUUAACGACAAAGUGCUGUUUGAAAACACUGGACGAGGGAAGAGUAAGUCCGUGGAGCUGGAGGAUGUGAAGUUUCACCAGUGUGUGCGUCUGUCGCGUUUUGAGAAUGAUCGCACCAUCUCCUUCAUCCCUCCAGAUGGAGAAUUUGAGCUCAUGUCUUACCGCCUCAAUACACAUGUGAAGCCGCUGAUCUGGAUUGAGUCUGUCAUUGAGAAGCAUUCCCACAGUCGUAUCGAGUACAUGAUUAAGGCCAAGAGUCAGUUUAAGAGGCGUUCCACUGCCAACAACGUGGAGAUCCACAUUCCAGUGCCAACGGACGCGGACUCACCCAAAUUUAAGACGACUGUGGGCAGCGUCAAGUGGGUGCCCGAGAACAGCGAGAUUGUCUGGUCAAUCAAGUCGUUCCCAGGAGGUAAGGAGUACUUGAUGCGGGCACACUUCGGCCUGCCCAGUGUUGAAGCUGAGGACAAAGAGGGCAAACCACCAAUCAGUGUCAAGUUUGAAAUCCCCUACUUCACCACCUCUGGCAUCCAGGUGCGUUACCUGAAGAUCAUUGAGAAGAGCGGGUACCAGGCCUUACCGUGGGUGCGCUACAUCACUCAAAAUGGAGAUUAUCAGCUCCGGACUCAGUAGGGCUUGCUCUACGACGACAGGUGGACCUCCAGAAGAAGGGGCGGAGUUUAGUUUGCUAAUUAUCUUUCAAAGGCAGAUUAGCGCUCCUUUUUAUCCAACAUCUACUUUUUUAUUUUACUCCAGAUUUUUUCCAUUUCUUAUCAAUGCAAGUGUUAAAAAAGGCCUUUGAGAUAGCAGCCGUGCAAAAAUCGACAAGGCCAAAACAAAACUGGAGAAAUGUUUACAUUCAACUUAAAGCUGCAUUAUGAAACUUUUCUGGAGGAUCCACCAUUUGCUUGUCUCCAUGGCGAUGUUGCUGUUGUUGGACGGCAGGUGAUGUCACUAGGUCAAGUUGCAAGUUAGAUCUGUGGAGAUGGGACCCCACUCACUGUAAGAAUGUAUGUUUUUUUAUGUAUUAUUUAGCAAUAAAUACACUUGUUAUUGAAUAAAGCUGAGAUACUCAAGUUAAAUACCAUAUUGUGGAACAUCCAUGGAGACAAGCUGGUGGUGGACCUUUGCCAGAAAAGUUACAUAGUGCUCUUUAACACCAUGAAUUGUACACAAUCAGUGAGAUUAUUGCAAUUCAUCUUGUGAUACUGUAACCUUCAAUUCUCAUCAGUUCAAAUCGACUUUUUUAAAAGAAGCUGUUUUGUUUUGAUGCCAUUUCACUAUAAAGUCAGUGAUUAUUAUCUGUAUAUAUUGUUACAUGUAAUAAGUCAGUGUUAUUAGUUACACAACAUGUAUUAAAGAGAAUGCCAAUGGUAUUUGUCUCAGAGUGACAGCUGCUGAUUUGAUCCAUGUGAUGCUCAUUAUGUGCUUCGCUGUCGGUACAAUGUGAGAGGUGUGGUAUGGGUCAAUACUGCGGUGUGGAUAUUCAAAAUGACCACUGCAAUAGUAUUAAACAAUGUUAGGAACAAAGCAGUGACUGAGUUUUAAAGGAAACUUUAGAAACUAUUAUAAGGCAAGUUGUAGUGUCAUCCAGUUAUAUCUGUUGGUGCAUCUGUAAUGAUCAGUAGUACUUAGACACUGCAUAAUUCACACAUGAGCUUUUUAGGGCUGCAACUACAAUUAUUUAGCAAAUUGAUUAAAUCUUAUUUUGUUAUAUCAUAAGACUGUCAAAGCCUGCAAAUGUGAUUUUUUUCUUUCUUUCUUUUUUUUUUUAUAAGUACUACCACUCUUAGAAGUAUUUUUCUUAAUUUUGUACAUUGCAUCUUUAGUGGUCUGUGGUCCAGAUAAUGUUUAUUGAUUAGCAAAUUAGCUGAUUAUUUCAGUAAUUGUAAUUGUUUUUUUGUUUGUUGCAGCCCUAGAGUUUUUCAACAGAGCAGAGCAGAAUCUUAUAUAUUACAUACUGCCUUUAUAACAUAGAAAUUAAUCCAAAAUCAACAAAAUUACAAAUAUUAAUCAAUAUUUUUCUUCUUGUCAGUAUUAUAUUGUGAUGUUACACACUUGGUUUACACUUCACUCUAAAAAUUACGCCUCACACAUCAAACCAUAACAAAAUAGUUUAAAAAAACAUUUCUGAGCCUGUUUUUGGCUAUGGAAAGUUACCCAUCCUGACCGGCCCAUACCAUACCUCUGCAGUGGAAACUUCAGUAAACAACAGUCGCACUUGUUGUAAAUUUCUGUUUUCCAGUUGGACACCUGUUUCCCCUCCCCCUGUCUGUAACCUCACAUUUCAAAUCAUUAAAAGUCUAUUUAGAAACCUUUC